GCCCGUGGGCGGCGGGAGAGAGGGGUCGGGCCCCUCGGGGAGAGGAGCGAGGCGGCUCCCCCGGCGGAAGUGUCCUCUGCGCGGCGUCGCACCCGGAAGUGUCAUGCUGCCCGGCGCGGGGCGGUGCUGCGAGCCGGUCCUGCGGACCGGGCAGUGGCGACGCGGCGUGCCAACAGGGAUGUGCAGAUGGAGGCGGGAGGAGGCGCCGCUGCCCCGGUGCCCGGGGACGCGGAGGACGUGGAGGACGCGCGGUGCCCCGACCCGGACGACCCGCCGGAUCCGGGAGACGGGGGCCUGGAGCAGACAGCAUCUGAGACCGAGGACCAGCCAGCCCACCCGUCACCAUCGGAGUCCGAGGCUCCUCCUCACCCCUGUGACCUCUGGGACCCCGCGGCCCCCGAGACCAGCACCCUGGAUGGCUCGGACAGUGGCUCGGGCAGUCGGGACGAGGACUUCAGUGGCGGCGACCCCAGUGACGAGGCCUGGCGCAACAAGCGGAAGCACGUGUUCGUGCUGAGCGAGGCCGGCAAGCCCAUCUACUCCAGGUACGGGAGCGUGGAGGCGCUGUCGACCACCAUGGGCGUGAUGACGGCGCUGGUGUCCUUCGUGCAGAGCGCAGGAGACGCCAUCCGGGCCAUCUAUGCCGAGGACCACAAGCUGGUGUUCCUGCAGCAGGGCCCCCUGCUGCUGGUGGCCGUGUCCAGGACGCCGCAGUCAGCGGCCCAGCUGCGGGGGGAGCUGCUGGCCGUGCACGCGCAGAUCGUGAGCACGCUCACCCGCGCCAGCGUGGCCCGCAUUUUCGCGCACAAGCAGAACUACGACCUCCGGCGCCUGCUGACCGGCUCGGAGCGCACGCUGGACCGGCUUCUGGACAGCGUGGAGCACGACCCCGGGGCCCUGCUGCUGGGCGCCGUGCGCUGCGUGCCCCUGGCCCGCACCGUGCGCGACGCGCUGGGCACCCUGCUCCGGCGGUGCACGGCCCCGGGGCUGGCCCUGUCGCUGCUGGCGGUGGGCGGCCGCCUGGUGACCGCAGCCCAGGAGCGGAACGUGCUGGCCGAGUGCCGGCUGGACCCCGCCGACCUGCAGCUGCUGCUGGACUGGGUGGGCGCGCCGGCCUUCGCGGCGGGUGAGGCCUGGGCGCCCGUGUGCCUGCCCCGCUUCAACCCCGACGGCUUCUUCUAUGCCUACGUGGCCCGCCUGGACGCCAUGCCCGUCUGCCUGCUGCUACUGGGCACGGACCCCGAGGCCUUCCACGAGAUGGCCACCUGCCGGCGCCUGGUGGAGGACGGCAUGCACGCCCUCGGGGCCAUGCGCGCCCUCGCUGAGGCGGCCAGCGCCAACGCCCCCGCAGCCCACGUCCCCGCCUACAGCGUGCAGGCGGUGGGGGCUCCCGGCCUCCGGCACUUCCUCUACAAACCACUGGACAUCCCAGACCACCACCGCCAGCUGCCCCAGUUCACCAGCCCCGAGCUCGAGGCCCCGUACAGCGGCGAGGAGGAGAGGCAGCGGCUGUCCGACCUGUACCACCGCCUGCACGCCCGCCUCCACAGCACCUCCCGGCCCCUGCGCCUCAUUUACCACGUGGCCGAGAAGGAGACGCUGCUGGCCUGGGUGACCUCCAAGUUUGAGCUGUAUACCUGCCUCAGCCCACUGGUGACCAAGGCAGGGGCCAUUUUAGUAGUGACCAAACUUCUGCGCUGGGUGAAGAAAGAGGAGGACCGGCUCUUCAUUCGUUACCCACCCAAGUACUCCACACCCCCGGCCGCCCCAGCUGCCCCCGCGGACCAGGCUGCCCACAAUGGCUUAUUCACGGGACUCUAAGAGGUGCAGCUCCUGGACGGGGCAGAGCUGGGAGCCUCCCGUUUGGGCUGUUACCUUCGGGCCCCGCCUGGGGAGUGUCGCUGGGAGGGGUGCUGGUGGUUCUCAGGCUGGAGGGAGAGCUGAGGUGGUGACAGCCAAGUCUGCGCAGAUGAACAGGCCUCCCCGGGCCUCCCAAAGACCUCAGCCUCUGGGGAGAGCCUGGGCCAGGCCUCCUGCCUCAGCUGCAUUCGGAUGAUGUCCCAGCCUCCUCCAACAGGGUUUGCCUCUCCAGUCCCGCGCACCUCAGCACUUUGUCCUGCGUCAGGAGUCGGCCCCCUCGACCUUGAUGGAAUCUCGGCACGAAGUGUUCAGGGCAGGCCGAGGUGGCACUGUAUGACCCACUGGGAUUCUGGAUGUGAAGGUGCAGGAAUAACCUGUGCCCAGAACCAACUAAGGAUAUAGUGUAACCAAGAGGCCGAGAGCCAGAUCUCAAGGACACUUCCUGUACCACUCAUGUCCUCGACCCAGUCAGGGAUGACGGCCAUCCAGUGUCGGUUGCUGCUAAUGUCAGGGCAGAGGUGGCCCCCAGCAAUGCACCUGGCUUCCCCGUGGCCCAGAUGCCACGUUUUGGACGUCGUAGAGCGCACACCACGUUUUGAACGUCGUAGAGCGCACGCUUAGCUUCUCAAGCUCUACUCCUCCACAUGGCGCUACUCAACCUCACCUUAGCUGUUACAGAGGACGCGGGGCAGCUGGGGGCCACACCCGGAGAUGCUCAGGGUUACUCCUGUCUGUGCUCAGGGGACCAUCUAGGGUGUUGGGGCUCGAACCCGAGUGGGCCUUGUGCAAGGCAAGCCCCCUACCCGCUGUCCAAGCCCCCUGCCCCUGUUCCAGAGCGUUUGUGUGCUGAAUAGGGCCGGAACUCCGGGCCACCACUGCACAGCCCAUCUGUCCCGAAAGCUGCAGAGUCUGCACAAGACGAGCAACCCGGAGAGGAAGGGCCCACCUCAGGGGUGUGUGUGUGCACACGUGAGCACACACACAAAAUACUUGCUGCCCCUCCCCCCCACCCCCAACUGACCAAGACCCUAAAUUGUGUCCUUGUUUUUUCAAAGCUGCAGUUACAGGUCUUGUGGCAGCCCCAUGAGCACUAAUUGUCCCCCAGGGGCAGGGAAGCUGUGCCCGUGCCCAGAACUGAGACCUCACCCCUUCUCCCCCCCACCCCCACAACACGGCUGUGGACUGUUACGCCCAGCACCCCGCACGCAUGCGCACUGCCGAGGGUUCGGGUCGCGUCCCCGCCGGCCCGUGCCCACGGCGCAUGUGCGGACGCCCUGCACUGCACACAGCCCGGAAGAUGGAGCCUGUGGGAGUGGAGCCCCCGGAAGUGGUGCAGGAGGCUGAAGGUAGUGAAGCUGCGGUAAUGAAAUCACUUUAAAACCACUUUUAAAAAAAAAUCCAAUUGGAAGCCUCCCCAAAAAAUAUACUGCUGGACCGAGUGGAGCUAGCGUGUAUUCUUCUGGGUUAACGUUUGUGGGUCAACUCCGGUCUGUUGCUAGGUCCUUCGGGCAAACUCAGACCAGGUACUUGAGCAUGCCUUCCUCCAAAUGUUAAAGGGGGGCGGGGGGUGGCUGUGCCCAGAGAAAUCUGCAGCCACUCUGGAGCAGACUCACCCCACUUGUUCAGUUUCCCCGAUUCACGCCCACCCACACCACCCUGCGUGGACUCCGAGCUCCCUGGAGACUGGCCACGUCGCAGACAGCGGCUUUUCUCCAGGGAGUGACGUUGAUAAGAUACCCCAAACCUCAGUGGGAGGGGUCGACUUGCUCUGGGAACAACUGGAAAGUGCAGUCUCCCCAAAAAUGAAAAUCUGCCAAGCCAGUGAUCUCCCAUGCCACUGGCUUUCUUGCUUUCUUGGGUUUUUUUUUUUUUGGUUUUUUUUUCUUUAUUUUCAGUAACUAUAGGAGUUCUCCUAAUGUAACCAAAGUAUACAAAUUAGCUUGAAAAAGACCCAUCUAGCUCUUGGUUCAUUUAGUUACCAGCUUUGCCGUUUCAUUUAUUUCUAACCUUUCCUGUACAUUCUUGAAGCCCCUAAGUCAAUAAAGUAUAUUGAUUACGUCUUUCAGGAUCUAGCUAUGCAGACAUGAGCAAUUUUUCUUAUAUGUUCGUUGGCCGUGAUAGGAAGAAAAUUCCAUGAGGUUCCCCAGCACCUAAAAACGGUGCCAGCUGUGCAUAUAGCAUAUAUGCCGGGCUUAUAAAUUUUUUUGUUAGUGAAUAAUGAAAUAACUCAGAGCAGAGCCACAUGUUAAGUGCCAACUUUUAACCAAGCACAGACAGAUGCAAAUAGAUCUCAUUUGUUACACAUUAUUUUUAUAACUUCCACUGCUUUAAGGAAAAAAAAAAAUAAAACACUUUCAGAUCCCCCAAACUGAAUGGAGAAUUCGGUUUGCAAUGGAGAAAAAGAAAAAAAUUAUAACAAUUUCUAACCCAAUAAAAUUGGCUUUAUAGAAGAAAGAAUGAUACCUAGUAUUGAUCACUGCAGAGGAAAAUUACUAGAGGUGGUUUGCAGGAUAUUUUUAAGAUACAUGUUCUUUUGCAUCUUCUAUCAACAUGCCAGGUAACUGUAGAAUACACGGGCAUGUAGACCAAAAAGAUCAGCUGUAGUAAGUGGGUAUUGGAGGCAAAACCCAAGACAUAAGAAAAUAACUGUAUUAAGGUAUAUCCAGAUAUCAUGUGGAAUGCCAGAAUGUGGUAGUCUUAUUUUUUAAAGGGCAAAAAAAUAAAAGUAAAAGAUACUAUAAACUUGUAAGCCAGAGGAAAUUUUGAAUAAUAUAUGAACAUUGGGUCAAUAUUAACCUCCCAGUUUGGGGCUAAACUGUGAUCUGUUAGUGUUCCCUGGAAUAUAGGGAAUAAGAACUGGAAUAGUAAGGAUGAUGAACCAGGAUGCCUGCAGUUACUGGGCAGAAAUGCUCACAAAUGGGAAGUCUGAUAACAGGGCAAAUAGCACGGUGGUUUAUGUCUACAGCUUUUAUGUAUAUCUGAUGUUAUUUCCCAAUAAAAUAAUUUUUAAAGGCA